UAAUCCCUUGCAGUCUCACCCUUCCAAGUUGAAGGGUUCCUCCGUCUCCUAAAUGGUAUUUAAGAGCUUCGCUCUCGCGCGCCAGAAUCUCGUCAAGAGUUUCACCCACGGUACACCUCAAUCCCUCGUUGCCUACACCUCGCAGAACGGGCCCUUCAGCUCGAACCUCCAGGACCGCUUCGGAAAGCCCGUCUCGGUUCGAACUCACACUGCUUUCGCGCCGAAUUCGGUCCACGCGAACAAUGGUGUCAAGUCGGCGAAUUCCCAGGCCGACUCCGGUCUAGCAGCCUACUAUGCCGCAUGGCAGAAACACCAGAAAGUUGAAGAGAAGGAGUGGGAACAGUUCCAGUUUCGCAAGCGGAUCGAAUGGAAGCCCCCGGCAGCCACGCCAGAGACCAAGGCCGGCGCGAAUGACAGCGUUGCCGUCGAAGAUGUCGCUGAGCCUCUCCCCGCUCGGGCCGGCGUUAGCCGCGCAUACAGCACAAGCACUGUAGACGACUUUAGGAAGGUUGCUAGCGAUGCAAAGGCGGAGGAUUUUGCUCUUGCGCAGAUUGACGAGAAUCUUGCAAAGGAGGUGGCGAAGGCCAAACAAGAUGCCUCGCCCAAGCCAUUCGAAGAAGAGAGCUCCGUGAGCGAGGAGACCGUUUCGAAGUCCCCCGCUGUCGAUUCCGAGGUCGAUUCCGAGGUCGCCUCCUCUCUACCCCUGAGCCGCACUGCUUCAAGCCUGGCUACUAGCGUUUCGGAAGUCGAUGUUUACACCGAGCAGCUCAACAAGCUCGCCGAAGGCCACCACUAUGCAGAAAUUCCAGUUGUUUUCGAGUCGAUGCUCCGCACUGGCGUGAAGCCGUCGACAUCCGCUUACAAUGCGCUUCUCUCGGCUGCCAUUAAGCUUCCCAAGUCAAAGCACCAGGUUGUUCCCAAAGCUCUCGAUGUCUACUCGAACAUGCUCCGUCGCGGAGUCUCUCCCGAUACCGUCACAUACUCUACCUUGAUUGAAAUUCUAUCUAUCAGGUCUUUGGAGGUGAUGGCUAUGAAGCAAGAAUUGGAAGAAAAGAGGACCAGAUAUGGUGGUAUGGAAGAGGAGGGUCAAUUCAUGCUUCACUCCAACGCGACUGAAUACGACAUCUUGGGCGAGGACGACUCUCUGAACUACGCCGUGAAGCUGUUCGACGUUGCAACUGCCAACAAGUUGUCGCGUUCCUUCACCGAGAUGACGUACAGAGUGCUAGUGUCAGCUUGCGCCGAGUCCGAACGUGUUGAGGAUAUGGUCAGAAUCUUUGCGCAUAUGGAAAGCAGAAAUGUUACCCCGUGUGCUGACAUGUUCGUUCCCAUGAUCCACGCAUUCGGAAAGAGCGGCGAUCUUAGGAGCGCGGUUGAGUGCUACGACGAGUACAAGGCCUUGGCAAUUGCGAGCGAUAAUGGAGACAUCUCCUUAUCUCGCAAGGACAACGACGUAUACGCCUCUUUGAUCAAAGCUUAUGUCAUUUGCGGCAGAACCGAAGGAGGUCAAAAGUUCUUAUCCAAGAUAGAAGAAGCUUUGUUGGAUCCUUCAGAGGCGACACCCCUACGAGACCUUGUGGGUCUGAAGGCCUUCGUCCCAGAAGCUGUGAAGAACCUGUCUUUCGAGGAGGCUUUGGCUCACGCUGAAAAGCUGAGUCCUGAAGCCCGGGUUAUCGCUAUGGCCGCCAUCAGCAUCCGUGCUGCCGACACCAACAACAUUGAUAUUGCCACGAAGGCCUUCCAGGAGCUUCCCGAGAACACUGACUUAUCCCGUGUAGCUAUGGCUAUGGGCGCCAUGCACGUCCGUAACGGCAACAUCGAAGCUGCAGAGUCGUUCUGGAAGCUCUUGGAGUUCUCCAUCACCAAGCCUCAGUUCAUCGAGUUCACCACCAUGCACACCAUUGGUCUUAUUGGCAGUGGUCAGUCCGAACAAGGUCUCCGCCAGAGCCGACAGAUGUUCUCACGCAUCCGAGACUCCCAGAACCAGUCUAAUCAAGCGAAGAUGGAGAUCGUUGAGCAAAUUGACGAAGCCGUUGAAGUCAUUGGCCAAUUUAUGGAAAAGCGAGCUAUCUUCCUCCCUGUGCGGGCCACCAUGGAACUCAUGUGGACCAUGAUCGAAAAUGGCGGUCUCGUCACGCCAGUUGCUGCUCAUCUCCUCGCCGGAAUGGGUCCCGAAGAGAUUGCUCAGCUCCAUUGGAAAGAUUUGACGCUUCUCAUGCAGGUCCAAUCUGGAAUGAUUCUCAACAUCUCCAUUAUUGAUGCCGGUCACGUAGCACGCUUUGCUCAUCUGGUGGACGUUCUCGCCUCUAGUGGAACACCUACUGAGCAGUUGACUUCGUCUCUGGUGGAGCAGGUUCUCGUGAAGCUCGAUCGUCCAGACCUCCAGCAUCGAUGGUACAGCUACAAGCAUCCUGCAUCAGAACCCGUCUACGCACCAGCCCAGUAUUCGGACUUCGCUCAACCGGCACAAAUCCCAGCAACUCCCGCUUAUGAAGACUCAUUUGAUCCAUAUGCUGCUACUACUGACAACAAGGGAUCCGUUGCCGUCACUGACUUGCUCGAAAAGACUCACGGUCGAUCAUCUUCACACCUAAACGAAGCUUUGAUGAAGUUCAAGAAUAUGCGCCGCGCCGGUAGACAUCCUCGAUUCUUCACAUACGCCAAACUCAUCACUGCUGCUGCUAAGGAAGACCGUCUCAAUCUCGCUCACGAUAUUCUGGCCCUUGCCAAGCAAGAUGUUCCUCUACUUCCUCAAUAUCGAAUCGUGAGAUACGGUUGGGUUACCAUCUUGGAUGCCAUGGUUGCUGCUUGCUUGACUACCGGACAACGUGGUCUUGCUGCUCAAUACCACCAGGACUUGCUUGAUAUGGGUGCAGCGCCUUCUGCCAACACCUUCGGACUAUACAUCACGACUCUCAAAGAAUCCACCAAGACCUUUGAUGAGGCUACGGAAGCUGUCAAGAUCUUCCUCCGCGCUAAAACCGAGGGUGUUGAACCGUCUUCUUUCUUGUACAACGCCUUGAUUGGCAAGCUUGGCAAGGCACGACGUAUCGAUGACUGCCUCUUCUACUUCUCGGAAAUGCGCAACCUUGGCAUUCGCCCAACCAGUGUCACUUAUGGGACUAUCGUCAAUGCUCUCUGUCGUGUAAGCGACGAGAAGUUUGCCGAGGAACUCUUCGAAGAGAUGGAGGGCAUGCCCAACUACAAGCCUAGGCCAGCGCCAUACCACAGCUUGAUGCAAUUCUUCCUCACCACCAAGCGUGAUCGUGGCAAGGUCCUCGCCUACUACGAACGCAUGCGAUCUAAGAAGAUCGAGCCGACGACCCACACUUACAAGCUCCUCAUCGACACCCACGCUACCCUCGAGCCUGUGGAUAUGGAAGCUGCUGAGACUGUUCUUGCUCAGAUCCGGCAGUCUGGCGGUAUUCCAGAAGCCGUCCACUACGCCUCUUUGAUUCAUGCCAAGGGAUGCGUUCUACACGAUAUGGCCGGUGCCAGGAAACUCUUCGACACCGUCCUUGCCGACCACCGUAUCCGUCCCCAGGCCUGCCUCUACCAAGCUCUCUUCGAGGCCAUGGUCGCCAACCACCAGAUCGCCGACACUGAGAAUAUCCUUCAAGAUAUGAGGCGCCGAGGUGUCGACAUGACCCCUUACAUCGCCAAUUCUUUGAUCCACGGAUGGGCUCUGACCAAGAACAUCGAGAAGGCCAAGGCCAUUUACGACAACGUGUCGGUCGACAAGCGCGAACCCAGCACAUACGAAGCGAUGACCCGCGCCUUCAUGGCCGUCGAGGACCGCAACAGCGCCAUGGCCGUUGUCAAUGAGGGCCUCUCGCGCGGCUACCCAGCUGCCGUCGCCGGCAAGAUUCUCGAGCUUGUCGGUGGUGGCAGACCUGCCGUCAACGGCGAAGCUUCGGCUUAGCCAACCCCAGCUAAUUUCCCCCUCGGCUUAGAUUUCUGGCAUCUUCUAUUUUUGCCCUUUCUUUUGUUUUCGGGUUUACAGGACGGCUCCAUACCCUCGCCCCUGCUCGGUGCACGCAGGCAGGUGAAAAUGUGAUGGGCGCAUGCCGGACUCGGGUUUUGUCGCGCGCUGUUUCCUUUUCCUGGAUUCUUCUUCCGGGAUACCCUUUUUCGAAGCGCCGGCGUUUGUGUGGGUCUAUCUUGCCUUUUUCGCGGAUUAAUCGAAAACCGAAUCGACGACAUAGUGUUAAGCGGCUAGGUCGGUCGGUCAGGUGUGCCUGUAGAACGAUAUCGAAGCAGAUUGUUGCGA